GUAUAUAAGAACAGUCUCCACUCAAGCUAAGCCUCAUCCAUCGGCAGUGACCAUGAAGUGUCUCGUUAUUGUGCUGGCGUUUGCUGUUUUUGCUGAGGGACUUGUCAGGGUCCCUCUGGUAAGGCAGAAGUCAAUCCGUGAGAAAAUGCUGGAGAAAGGCGAAAGCCUGCCCUACCAAGACCCUGCCCUUAAAUACCAACCAAAUGAGUUUGCCACCAUGUACAUCAACAACUACGAUGACAUGAUAUAUUUCGGAGCCAUCAGCAUUGGAACCCCCCCCCAGUCCUUCCAGGUGCUGUUUGACACUGGCUCUUCAAACCUGUGGAUUGACUCCAUCUACUGCAACACCGCGUCAUGCAAUGCCCAUACAAAGUAUGACCCCCGGAAGUCAUCCACUUUCCAAAACAAUGGCCAGUCCUUCUACCUGCCCUAUGGAUCAGGCAGCCUUUAUGGAAUCUUCGGAUAUGACACAGUCAAUGUUGGUGGUCUCGUCAUUACUAAGCAGGAGUUUGGUCUGAGCACCAAUGAACCAGGUUCGACUUUUGGUGAUGCUCCGUACAAUGGUAUCCUGGGCCUGUCCUACCCUUCUCUCUCAGUCGGACAAGUGACUCCCGUCAUGGACAACAUGAUUUCUCAGAAUCUUCUGCAGGCCGACAUGUUUGCUUUCUUCUUGAGCAGGGGCGGCCAGCAGGGCAGUGAGCUGUCGUUUGGAGGAGUGGACCAGUCGAAGUAUGAGGGCCAGCUCAACUGGAUCCCCGUUACCGCCGAGAUGUACUGGCAGAUUGGCAUCCAAGGGUUCCAGAUCAGUGGUCAAGAGACAGGAUGGUGUAGUCAGGGCUGCCAGGCCAUCGUGGACACAGGCACCUCAAAGCUGACUGCACCCAGCCAGUUCAUGUCAACAAUUUUGGAGCGCAUCGGAGCCCAGCCGGACCAGUAUGGAGGGUACGGAGUGAGCUGUGACCAGGUCACCAGCCUGCCUACUCUCACCUUCGUCAUGAAUGGAGUCAACUUCCCCCUGUCACCCUUAGCAUACAUGACACAGUAUUACCGGAAUGGGAAUCCGGUUUGCUAUGUGGCUAUCAGCCCCACCUACCUGCCAUCCCAAAAUGGACAGCCACUGUGGAUUCUGGGAGAUGUAUUCCUCAGGGAGUACUACUCUGUCUACGACCGCACAAACAACCAAGUGGGCUUUGGCACUGCAGUCUGACCGAAAUGACUGCAAACCAACACAGACCGGCCUUAGAGCUCUACCACCCCAAACCUGCACCACUGGCAAUUCUAAAACAUCACACACAGCAAUCAAUCUGGUUAUUUUCGAACAUCUAACCAG